AAGGACCACGGUACCAGUCAUCGGCAUCGCACUAUAUCUCAACAUACAUCAAGUAUACACAACGACCACAGGUUGAAGUUUGCAGAUUCGUUGUACCUAUUAACAACGUAAGAAGAAAUCAUAUCAAACACGAAAUGGCUUCUUUCAAGUAUCUGAUAUUCAUCACCUUGGCCGUAUACUCCGUUGUCGCCGAAGAAGGAGUAAGAGCCAAAAAACACGCUUACGUCGCCGCUGCCCCAGCUCCGGUUUUGGCUUACUCUGCCUCAGCCCCAGGAUCGUUCUCGUAUGGAUACUCUGAUUACACCACCUACCCGGUAGCAGGAGCAUACCACGCACCAGCCGCCUACCCGGCAGCGUACCCAGCAGCAUACCCAGCAGCGUACCCAGUAACGGCUUAUGCCGCCCACGAAGACGACGGCCAAUAUUAUCCCGGCAAAUACGAAAAGGCUUCCAUCCCAGCAGUGUACCCAGCAAUAGCUUAUGCCUCCCACGAAGACGACGGCCAAUACUAUCCCGGCAAAUACGAAAAGGCUCCCAUCCCAGCAGCAUACCCAGCAACGGCUUAUGCCGCCCACGAAGACGACGGUCAAUACUUUCCAGGCAAAUACGAAAAGGCCGCCAUCCCAGCACCUUACGUGAUCGGACACCCGAGCCACCAAGAAGACGACGGUCAAUACUAUCCCGGCAAAUACGAAAAGGCCUCCGUUCCAGCAACAGCUUAUGCCGCCCAUGAAGACGACGGUCAAUACUAUCCCGGCAAAUACGAAAAGCCUGAAUCCCACUACUGAACACUCACACAACAAUGAUUCUCAUCCUUCCGUAGUCUUUUCAUUUGACUUUCAACAAUAAAAACGUGAUCUUAAUUUUUCAACA